AUGCCGUCCAUUCAAUUUGAUUCUGUAAUACCGCCACAACCGGCUACCCAGAGAAAUUUCACGACACACCUGUCGUAUGACGAAGCUAGCAAUGCAAUUGCGUAUCCAUGUGGCAAAUCUGCAUUUGUUCGAUUUUUUGAUGAAGAUGAAAUUGCGAUCCAGUUUACGGGCCACGGAACUGCGAGUGUUACCGUGGUAAGGUUCUCUCCAAUCAAGGGCUCCCAAUAUAUCUGUUCAGGUGACGAUUCAGGUAAGGUGAUUGUAUGGGGAUAUGCACGUGAUGAAAAGUCUAAAUCUAUUCAAACUACAAUCAAAUCCGAAUUUCAGGUCCUUGCCGGGCCUAUCACCGAUAUUUCUUGGGAUUUUGAAGGGCGCAGGCUUUGUGUUGUCGGCGAAGGACGUGACAAGUUUGGUGCCUUCAUAUCUUGGGAUUCCGGAAAUACGCUGGGUGAAAUAUCGGGCCACUCUCAGAGAAUCAAUGCCUGCCACUUCAAACAAUCGAGACCCAUGAGGGCUAUCACAGUGGGCGAUGAUGGCGCAGUUGUUUUUUAUCAGGGACCACCUUUCAAGUUUAUUACUAGUGAUCGUGUGCACCAUGAUCAAGGUAAGUUCGUCAGGGAUGUUCAAUUUUCUCCUGGUAAUGGUGAAUAUGCCAUUACUGUUGGGUACGACCGAAAAAUUGUUUGCUUUGAUGGCAAGACGGGUGAGUUUGUGAAGUAUGUUGAAGAUAAGAAAAAUGGUGAAGAAAUUGGCGGCGGCAUUUUUGCACUUUCCUGGAUUGACGGUGACAGGUUUGUUACAGCAAGUGCUGAUGGCUGCAUCAGAGUUUGGGCGGUUAAAAGUUCAAAAAUUGUCCAAAAGUGGCAAUUCUCUGGCAAAAGCUUAGAAAAUCAGCAGGUAGGCGUCGUAGCAAUUAAAAAUGACCAAAUCGUCUCGCUUUCGUUGGAUGGAACCUUGAAUUUUUUCAGGAUUGGUGAAAGUUCCAUAGUGAAAACUAUAAAAGGUCACAAUAAAGGAAUCACGGCACUGACAGUGAGCCCUCUACUUAGCGGCUCUUAUGACGGGAGAAUAAUGGACUGGAGUACUAAUCCGGAGACAAUGCAUAAUGAUCACUCCAAUCUCAUUGUCGCUAUCGAUAACAGCAUGCCACCCAAAUAUGCAAGUGUUUCUUGGGAUGAUACUUUAAAGAUUUCCGGAAUUCCCAAAUAUGAAUUCAAAGGUCAACCAAAAGUAAGUUCGUCUGCCAAUGACAGUGGAAUUAUGGCUGCCGUGACCGAUAAAGAUGUUUUGAUGAUAUUAGACUCUUACAAGGGAGAAAUUCUGCAUGAAAUAAGUUUGACUGAACCAGCAUCAGCUGUCGGGAUUACAGGAGAUGUAGUCGCUGUUGGUCUCGCACAAUCUUAUAAUAUACAAGUUUUCAGAGCAUCUGACCUGUCUGUCAGCUACACGCUGAGUACACCACUUCGUGCUAAUGCGUCAUGCAUUUCCAUUUCCCCUUCCAAAAAGUAUUUAGCUGCCGGGGACGUAAUGGGUAAGAUUCUACUCUACGACUUGGAGACCAAGAAUGUCACCACUUCCAGAUGGGCUUUCCAUACAAGCAGAAUCAAUGCCAUCUCAUGGAGACCAAGUGAUACAGAUGUAGAAGAUCUAGUUGCGACGGCCUCCUUAGAUACCAAUAUUUUCAUUUAUUCUGUCAAAAGACCUAUGAGAACAAUCAAAUAUUUGAACGCCCAUAAGGAUGGGGUUACUGCUGUGCUAUGGGACACUUCAGCUUCUUUAGUAACAGCUGGGUCCGAUUCCUGUAUCAAAAAGUGGUCUGUUGAUUUUGAAUAG